AUGGGCGGCGCUUCGAAGCUCUUUUACCUGGCUGUGUUUAGCCUCCUUGCCCCGGCUCACGGGGAGGACAACAGCAGCAGAUCUAGAUCGUGUGCGAUUGAUGCCCGGUCGACUGUUUCUGAUGCCUGUGCAUCCUUCGCUACGUUUGACGGGCUAAAUAGCCAGAUUACACCGGUUCUCAAGUCGCUUACGCAGCAUUCUGAUUUCUUUUCCUAUUACCGCCUAAAUCUCUUUAACAAACAAUGUCCGUUCUGGUCAGACGAUGCUGGAAUGUGCGGGAAUAUCGCUUGUGCCGUCAGUACGCUGGAGUCGGAGAAGGAUAUACCGUUGAUAUGGCGAGCAGAGGAACUGAGUAAGCUAGAAGGCCCCAAGGCUGGACAUCCAGGCAAGAAGCAGCAGAAGGAACGGCCCAAGGAGAAACCGCUGCAAGGCAUGCUCGGCGAAGAUGUCAAGGAGUCCUGUGUCGUGGAGUACGAUGAUGAGUGUGACGAAAGAGAUUACUGUGUCCCUGAAGACGAGGGCGCCACGGGCAAAGGUGACUAUGUGAGCUUGUUGGACAAUCCGGAGAGGUUUACGGGAUACUCAGGACCAGGCGCAAGACACGUUUGGAAUGCAAUUUAUCGAGAGAAUUGCUUUAUCAAACCAAUGCAAAAGUCACGGCUGAUUCCAAACAACGUAUUUGGAGCGCCAAUGGGUUCACAACUGCAGGCGGUGGAUGAUUUCCGACAUGUCCUUGAAAGCCAUGAGGUCAACCAGGUAGUCUCAGGGGCUGUACGUGAUGAACUAUACCCUCUAGACGAUGAAUGUCUUGAGAAACGUGUCUUCCACCGACUAAUCAGUGGAAUGCAUGCCUCUAUAUCGACUCAUCUCUGCUGGGAUUAUUUCAACCAGACCACCGGGAAAUGGGGUCCUAAUAUGCAGUGCUUCAAAGAGAGGCUUCACACACACCCAGAACGGAUCGCCAAUCUUUAUUUCAACUUCGGUGUCCUUACUCGAGCGGUUGCUAAACUACAGAAGCACCUUCAGGGCUAUAGCUUCUGCAUCAGUGACCCAGACCAGGACUAUGAAACCAAACAGAAGAUGAACAGCCUCACGCAGAUCCUGGCAACCCAUCCUCAAAUCUUCGACGAGACCACAAUGUUCCAGGAUACUGUUGCCAACGGUCUUAAGGAGGAUUUCCGCAACAGAUUCAGAAAUGUCAGCCGAGUGAUGGACUGCAUUGGGUGUGACAAGUGUCGACUAUGGGGAAAACUCCAGACGGCUGGAUACGGUGCAGCCCUGAAGGUGUUGUUCGAGUACGACGAGACCAAGAAUGGGGAGAACCCUCCUCUGCGAAGGACGGAGCUUGUUGCCCUGGUCAACACCCUCGCCCGUGUGUCGCAUAGUCUGGGAUCCAUUCAAAAGUUCGAGGACAUAAUUAAGAACGAGAUCGCUGCUAACGAGGCUGGGGCGGCUAAGGUCGAGAAACAAGAUGAGCAGCCUGUUGCAGAGGAUAUUGAUGACGAGCCCGAGAUGUAUACCCAUUCGGAGGGUGACGAUGAAUCGCCGAGUAUCAUGACGAUGAUUAAACAGGAAGCCGCCCUCAUAUGGCGUGCCUAUGUCUUCAUCGUAAAAAGUUGGAUCAACUUCCCUUUCUUAGCGUAA